AUGGCGAAUAGAACUUACAUAACGGCAGAGGAGAAGACGAUGCCAGGUCUCAAACCCAUGAAGGAUAGAUUAACUCUAGCAAUUUGCGCCAAUGAGAUUGGCGACUGUAAAAUCAAGCCUCUGCUAGUAUACCAUUCGGAAAAUCCCAGAGUCUUUAAGUCAUAUAAUAUUUCAAAAGAAAAUCUGCCAGUUAUGUGGAGGACAAAUCCGAAGGCGUGGGUCACCAGGAAAUUCUUUGCGGAGUGGAUAAACCUGGUGUUUGGCCCUUCUGUUAAAAAAUACCCACAGAAAAACAACCUACCCAUGCAAGCCCUUCUCUUCCUCGACAAUGCCCCUACUCACCCACCAAAUCUCGAAGAUGAUUUACUCCAAGAGUUCAAGUUUAUAAAAGUUCCCUACCUACCACCCAACACCACUCCUAUCCUGCAGACCAUGGAUCAGCAGGCCUGGCUGGGUGUUACAACGAGGACCUUAACCUCUGCAUGGAAGAAGCUGUGGCCUGAGGCUGUAGCUGAAAGGGCCUUCGAAGGAUUGGAACCCAAAGUGUCAUUGGUAGAGGAGCUUGUUUCUCUGGGAAAAUCCAUGAGUCUGGAGGUGGAUGGGAGAGAUGUGAACGAACUCGUCGAACAACAGUCUCAGGAGCUGACAACCGAGGAGUUACACGAUCUGUAUUUGCAGCAGCAUACGUUGGGUUAA